AUUUGAUUCGAACUGAAGAUCGAAAUAUUACAAAAUUUGAUUAUAAUUCAUUUGAAGAUAUCAAACCAAUUGUGAGGGGAGGAUUUGGUUUAGUCAAUCGUGCCUAUUCGAAAGUUUUAAAAAAACACGUUGCAUUAAAAUAUUUGCAUAAUGAAAAUA